ACUGUACGCACAAGCAAGGCAUCAAUGGAAGAGGGAGGGAAAUUUUGAGAAGAACAAGAGUAGAUAGAGAGUGUUGUAGUUUGGGUAGAGAGAAAAAGAAGAGAAGAGAAUUUGAGGGAAAUGGAAAGUAGCAGUGAGAGUGAGAGGGAUGGAAUCGGAAUUCGAAUCGAGAAUCCAUUUACUUUGAAGGUAGGUCAAGUGUUCACUGGUUUUGGAAUCGGUUGUGGAGUUGGAAUCGGCGUUGGACGCCCUUUAAAUUUAGGUGCAAUUCCGAUGUUGAAUGAGGUAAUGAGUGCCACUAGGGGUGCAACCGAUGCUUUUUCUGGGGUUUCCAGGCAUGUUAAUUCUUCUUUGAAGAAGUUUGGAGCUAAGAAUAUCGAAGUAGGGAUUGGAUGUGGUGUUGGUUUCGGUCAUGGUUUUGGAGCUGGCCUUGCUGUGAAACCAGGGGUGUUGAAUCAAAUUCAAUCUUGUGUUGCAGUAGCAGUCACAAAGAUGAUGAUGAAGUUUGGACUUACUCCCAGUCUACCCUUUAGUCAGAGUGCAAUUCCAGCAUCCUUGCAAAGUGCCACAGGCACAUUCAACACAAACAAAAUUUCUGCAGGAAGCAUGGUGCAGUUGGCAACUAGAUCAACUGAUCACAUAUCUCAAAGUCCAGCAGGGUCUCAGCCUGUGCAGAUUGGUUCUGCUUUUGAAAAUACUGCAUUAAAAGGCACCUCAGUUGACUCUGCAUUAAAAGGCACCUCAGUUGACUCUGCAUUUGGCAGCCGGACUGAGAAGGUCCUUAACAAUUUUCUGCAAAGCCCAGUGUUGAAGGGAGAAGGAGGCGGAUCUGAUGAAGCAGCUAAACGCUUGCAGUCAGAGAACAAAAUACUUCAAAUGGUUUUGAAACACCAACAAAUCAUUGAAGAACUUGUGGAGGAAAAUGAGAAGCUUCGCCAGAUACUAGUGGAGGACCUUAAAGUACCAUCCAGCAAGCUUCACGCUAGUCAUUCAGAUCGCAACGUUCCUGACUCCAAAAGAGAGAAUGAUAGUGAAAAAGAGUAGAGCUAAUUGAAAAAUCUUACGACCUGAUGUAGUGAUGUGGUAUUUAUGUACCAAACUAGUAACUUGACAAUUACAUUUUUUUUACUUUUGAAUAUUCCAUCAAUAAUUUGGGUUAAAAUUGAAAGGUGUUAUUAUAAUCUCAAGCAUCGCGAUGGAAUCAAAUGCUGUUUGGUGUGGUACUACAUUCUCCCUGUUUAUUUUGAUCACAAAUGAAUAAAUUCC